ACUGCCCAAAGCCGCAGGGAAGAUGGUGGAAAACUCACCGUCGCCAUUGCCAGAAAGAGCGAUUUAUGGCUUUGUUCUUUUCUUAAGCUCUCAGUUCGGCUUCAUACUUUAUCUUGUAUGGGCUUUCAUUCCUGAAUCCUGGCUAAACUCCUUAGGCUUAACUUACUGGCCUCAAAAAUACUGGGCGGUCGCAUUGCCUGUCUAUCUCCUUAUUGCUGUUGUAAUCGGCUAUGUCCUCUUGUUUGGAUUUAACAUGAUGAGUACUUCUCCACUCAACUCCAUUCAUACGAUCACAGAUAACUAUGCUAAAAACCAACAGUGGAAGAACUACCAGGAAGACGCCAUCCCAGCGUUGAGAGACGUUCCCAUUAGUGAAGUAAACAAAAUGUUCUUCCUUGAAGCUCCAGAGCUUAGCACCCAGAACUGAGCUGUGUGUGAACGUCCUAACGCCAAACAGUUACAAGUUUGGGGUGAAUAAUUUUGAGCAUAAUUAUACUGACUGUCCUUUUAAUACUCAGUAUUGACAUGAAAAAGCAUGGAAGUUGAUUUCUUAAAUUGAGUUCAAUUAGUAUUGUAAAUACUUUGAAUUUGUGUUUUUAAUUGACAGAAUAAAUAAAAUACCACAUUAUACUGUAAUAAAGCUAACUUUUCCAGAUAUCACA